UGACAAGCAGUCCAAUAGACAAACAGUAAGGAUACGGAAGCGGACUCAGAAUGGCAGCUGUCCUUUUGUGUUUUCUCCUGGCUGCGCCAGUGCUGCUUGUUACCUCCAGCCCAAUUCAUGACUCCGACAAUGGGACUGUGCCACUAGUGCUCUGGCAUGGGAUGGGUGACUCGUGUUGCAACCCUUUGAGCAUGGGCUAUAUAAAGAAAAUGAUUGAGCAGGAGAUCCCAGGAGUUUACGUGCUCUCGGUGAUGAUUGGAAAAAACAUAGUGGAGGACACAGAAAAUGGGUUUUUCUCAGAUGUGAAUGAGCAGGUGUCCAUGGUGUGCAAUCAGCUGGCUCAGGACCCCAAGUUGAAGGGAGGAUACAAUGCGAUGGGCUUCUCCCAGGGGGCGCAAUUUCUGAGGGCUGUGGCUCAGCGCUGUCCCUCUCCACCAAUGAAAAACCUGAUCUCUGUUGGCGGUCAGCACCAAGGUGUGUACGGGCUGCCCAGGUGUCCUGGGGAGAGCUCUAAAAUCUGUGACAUGAUUCGUGAAGCUCUGAAUAAGGAAGCUUACUUGGGCUGGUUUCAAAAGCACCUGGUGCAGGCCCAGUACUGGCAUGACCCUUUGAAUGAUGAUCUCUACAAGAAGUACAGCCGCUUCCUGGCCGACAUCAAUCAAGAGCGGGCGGUGAACGAGACUUACAAGAAGAAUCUUCAGCAGCUAGAGAAGUUCGUCAUGGUCAAGUUCCUGCAGGACUCUGUGGUGGAUCCUGUCGAUACUGAGUGGUUCGGCUUCCUGAAAACUGGCCAAGCCAAAGAGACCGAGACUCUACAGGAGAGCGUUCUCUACAAGGAGGAUCGUUUGGGUCUGGCGGCGAUGGACAAAGCAGGGAAGCUGGUUUUUCUGGCCACCGAAGGCGACCACCUCCAGUUCAAAGAAGAGUGGUUCAAAGCCAACCUGCUGCCUUAUUUACACUAAAGCAGCUCCAUACUGAUAGUCUCAGAUUGCUGUAGCUGCAGUUGAAAUCAAGAGCAAUAUAACGCCAGUUUAACAGGAAGCUCAAGCUUAGCAGAAAGCAUCAUUUACUCUUUUUGCACUGAUCAUUUCCAGCGUGUUGGCUUUUAAUCUGUGUCUUGUGAUGCCAUCAUAAUUUUAGCAGUUACAUGUGCAGUUUACUGAUGAGGUCAAACACUAUUCAUCAUUGUUGGCAGGUUUUACGGGGGGUUUUAAGCCACUUUUUUUUGCCUCAUUUGGAUCUUAACUGAAAUAAUGCUUCUGUACAAAUAAAACAUCAAUAAAAUAAAGACACCCAAAUACUUUGAUUUAUUGCAACAUUUUUAAUGAUGUCUCCAGUACUAAUGAGCAGAUUUCUGAGUUUGGACCCCCCAAAAAAGAGAAAUGAAAGAGGUAAACAAAAACAAGAGACAUAAAAGAAAAUUCAGCGAAGAGCUCCACAGCUACGAAAGCUGCAGACAUGAGAAGGAGCAGGAUGCUGAUGGUCAGGCUGAUAUUCAAAGACUAUUCAUAGCUGUACAGCUGAUUACAGCAGGUGUUUCCAAUCACUUACUCCAGUCUGUUUUCCUUUACUUUUUAAAAUUCACUUCCACCGAGUUCAAACAUCUCUUUGCUCUUUAUCACACACUUUUCUUAAAUGCCUCCUAACAUGGAAUGUUUUUUUUCCUUUCAUUCAGGAA